GGCUCCGCGCGCCCCCGCGACAACCCUAGCGCUCCUCAAACAAAAACAACAUAACCGUGAUUAUGGACAAAAGGAUUGCUAGUGUGUGAGCAGGGCUGUCGAAAUCGAUACUGGGGGCGCGUAUAAUGGUUUUAUACGACCGGCAUAAUAGCGUGACGUCACCAAAGAGAAGCAUACAAGACACUACAAUGACUUAAGCGACUUGAAUGGGAGCCACAUGGAAUCUCGAAUACAGAUGACUCAGCUGCCGAACAAGAGAACCGAGGGCUACAAAAGCUGUUCACAGUCGCUGCCGUUGGAUAUUUUAUGGUUGCCGCGCUCGUCGUUCCGGCCGGCGGAGGGCGAGUUGGCUGACUGUGUGCUGGUGGUGGGGGUGUCGCGGCCCAAGCUCGCCGCGGCCCUCCUCUCUGUCACGUUGCUGUCGCUGUUCCUCACCUUCCAUGUGCUAUACGACAGCGCGAUUUACAGCAUACAGGCGGCGAGCAUGGCGUCGGUCAACGAGGGUCGGAAGAUAUUACAGAGCGUGGAGAACAGCCGCACGAUAAGCCACCCUAUGGCGCUGAGGAAAAGGUUGAAAUCGCCGCGCACGCCGCGGCCGGCGCGCAGGCUCCCUCAGGCUCUCAUCAUCGGAGUUCGGAAAUGUGGAACUCGGGCGCUGCUGGAGAUGCUGUACCUCCACCCCAUGGUACAGAAGGCUUCGGGGGAGGUGCACUUCUUCGACCGGGACGAGAACUACGCCCAGGGCCUGGAGUGGUACCGGAGCAAGAUGCCGCUCUCCUUCAAGGGACAGAUCACCAUUGAGAAGAGUCCGAGCUACUUUGUUACGCCCGAGGUCCCAGAACGAGUCCGUGCAAUGAACUCGACAGUCCGCCUGCUGCUUAUAGUCCGGGAGCCGGUGACGCGCGCGAUCUCCGACUACACUCAGCUUCGAAGUCGGGCUACGCCGUCUGCGCCAGCGAUGGCUUUUACUGGACCGAUGCCGGACGCGGCUAAGCCGUUUGAACAUCUAGCGCUGUCUCCGGAUGGAUCCAUCAACAUCGCUUAUAGGCCGAUCGCGAUAUCGCUGUACCACGCGUACCUGCACCGCUGGCUGGAGGUGUUCCCUAGGGAACAGAUCCUGGUGGUGAAUGGAGACCAGCUCAUCGAGGACCCCGUGCCGCAGCUGAGAAGGAUCGAGAACUUCCUCGGACUGGAGCAUAAGAUUGGUCGGCGGAAUUUCUACUUCAACGAGACGAAAGGGUUCUACUGCUUACGUAACGACACGACAGACAAGUGUCUACGGGAGACCAAGGGUCGAAAGCAUCCCAGGGUCGACCCGGCCGUCGUCACCAAGCUCCGUAAGUUCUUCGUGCAGCACAACCAGAGGUUCUACGACCUUAUCGGCGAAGACCUGGGCUGGCCCGAGGAUUAGGCGUUUAACACUGAUUGCGUCGACGUUUUAUUAUUAGCGUUUUAUUGUCGUCACCAAAUUGUUACGUUGAGUGGUAAAUAUUUUGAUGAUUGAUAAAAUGAGGCGAACUUGCGCUGCCAAUGCAAGUUAUAGUUAAUCCUGCAUAUAAUAUGAUUUAUCCAUAUAAAAACAACGAAUUCAGUAAUGACAACAUGAUCAAAAAUUCAUGGUUAUUCGUAUAUUUCUUCCUGAAAACACUUUUCGAAUAUGAAUGGUAAAACGUAUUUCCAUAACAAACUAACCAGUUUCUGUUAAUUAAAUUAAUUCAUAUUUCUGUGGUAAACUUUUUCGACGCGGAGCUCGUAUCUGAUUAAAAUCAUUAAACUUUUUUGAAAUUGUUUAAACACAAUUAAUCGUUCUGUCGCAAUCAGUGUUGAAACUCCAUAACAAUUUCAUCGUUAACGAGUUACGUUAAACGGAUAAAAGUGGCUAAUAGCUUUAUACUUUUUGGAGCAACAUUAUUUAUUUUGUGUUAAAUAAUUAUCAUGACG